AUGUCUAUCGUUACUUGCCUGUUACUGUGCGAGAAUGAAAAACUAUGCGACAGGGCCAUGUUUAAGAAGAGACUUGAUCAACAUGGAGAUUGUUGGUUGAUCCAAGAAAAUACAACAGAUGCAGGAGAGGAGAUGCAAAGAUUAAGAGAAGAUGAAUCCAUUGAAAGUUUUAAAACAUUACUUCGCAAAAUGGAUCCUGUUGCUAAGGUGGAAAAUCAAUGUAUUGCUAUUGAAUGUAAAGACUCGACAUUCAGCUGUGAGUGUACUGAAGAAAAGUGGAAGUUACUCAAGCGCAAUGUAUGUUUUGAAAUGUCUCCACAAAAGUUUGGAACGUUUAAAAUGCUAGGCGAUGGACAUUUACAAGGAGUAAAGUUAAAAUACGUGAAUGGAACUGGAAUACUCUGCUCAAUGGAAUGGGAAGACACAAAAUGGAGCUGUGGCGGUAUGAAAUACGCCAGGCCAGACCAUAUUGGUGUCGUCGUCAAAGAUGGUCAAGACAAGGUGAUUUAUCCAUCGAGUAAAUACCAUAUUGCAAACCAUUCUUACAAAGUACCAGGCUAUAAUGCUUAUUCUCCUUACUUGGUAUUCAAUGCUUCUUCACAUAUUAUAAAUUGGGGAGAAAUAUUGACAUUACAUUUUAGUGAAACUUUGACCAGUGCGUAUGAGAAUUACAAUGAUGUAGAGAGUAACACCUGUGUCGAUGUUUUUAUUGAUGUUAUGUACUUAGAGUAGAGAAAAGAAUGUCGACUUAUUUUGUUUGAGAGAUUGGAUCUUUUGGAAUUAGUUUGGAAACUCGUCAACAGUCAGCUGAUUAUAUUCACUUUCAUUCAACUUUUCAACUUUGUUUUUAUUUGUUUUUAUUUCCUUUCUGUUUCUAGUUCUUAUUUUUUGCACAUACUCAGCCUUAAAAUUGGUUUUAUAAAUUUUAAACAUUUUUUAAGUCAUUUUGCAGUACAUUAUAACCUAAGUAUAUAGCAAGUUUUUUAAAAUUUUAAAAUUUAAAUUAUACCC